AUGAGACAUAUGAUUCAUGGACCUUGUGGUGAUUGGUGUUUGGUAGAUGGAUGUUGUUCGAAACAUUAUCCAAAACCUUUUCUUGAAGAAACUAGAAUGGAUGAAAAUGCUUAUCCUUAUUAUCGUCGUCGAGAUAAUGGACAUGAUGUUGCUGCCGUAACUAUUGAACCAAUAACAGAAAAUGUAAUUAUUGAUCAUGAUGAAAUACAUAAUUAUAUCGAAGCUCGUUAUGUUGGACCUGUGGAAGCCAGUUGGCGUAUUCUUGGUAAGAAGUUACAAGAUAAAAGUCACGCUAUAAUGCGAUUGCCAGUCCAUCUUCCUAAUGAACAAAAUAUUAUAAUUGAAAAUGAAAAUAUUGAUGACGUUAUGAUUUCUGCUUUAAAUCAGGUUACUAUGUUGAUAGAUUAUUUCUCAUUGAACAUACGCGAUGAGGAAGCAAGACAAUAUCUAUACAUAGAAAUUCCACAACAUUAUACAUUUAAAAAGGAGAAAAUUAAUGGCAUAAAUGUAUCGCGUUGGGCUAAACGUAAAAGUCAUUAUAAUUGUGUAGGACGAAUGUAUUCCGUUAGUCCAACACAAACAGAAUUAUUUCAUUUACGAUUAUUAUUACUCACAGUAAAGGGAGUUACAAGUUUUAACGACUUAAAAACUGUAAAUGGAGAAUUGUGUCAAUCAUUUUCAGCAGCAUGUUUGGCUUUAGGUCUGAUCGAAGAUGAUGAUGAAUGGAUACGAGCUAUGAAUGAAGCUGUUGAAUGGAUGAUGCCACGACAACUUCGUAGAUUAUUUGUACGUAUAUUAUUACAUUGUCAGCCAUUACAUCCUGAAGAAUUAUGGGAAAAUUUUAAGUAG